AUGCUCACUUGUGAGGAUGAGGUGUUAGCGAUCGGAAGAAAACUGGACAAAAUCGUAGACGGCUCGAAAUCAGGCGAAAGUGCUGCCGAUCUUCUGGAUGUCCUUUCUAAGCUACCGAUCACCAUCGAUGUUUUAACUAAGACUCGCAUUGGAAUGACCAUCAAUGACCUGCGGAAGAAGACAUCUGAUGAGAAACUAGCGAAGAAAGCCAAGAACCUAAUCAAAGAGUGGAAAAAUUUGGUAGACAAGAGGGAGGAGAAGAAAGAAAAAACGCCGAAGUGCGAACCAACAUCAAAUUCUUCAGCGAAAAAUAAUAAGCCAUCUUCGAAUCAACAGCUCUCAAAACCGGCUUCAUCUGUCUCCAACCAAGCUUAUUCAAGCAGCUUCCCUCCAAAACAUCUCGAAAAUGAUGAGGUGAGGUUGAAGUCUGUUCAAAUGAUUCUAACUGCGCUCAGGCAUGCUGACCUUCCAGACGGUACUCUCGAUCCUGAGGAAAUUGCGAUCAAAGUGGAGGAAAGAAUUUUCAGCGUUCAUAAAGGCACUGGGGACAAGUACAAAGCUGCCCUUCGUAGUCGUGUGUUCAAUCUUAGAGACAAGAAGAACCCAGCCCUCCGGGAGAAUGUGUUGACUGGAGUUGUAAAGCCUGAGAAGUUUGCUGUCAUGACUAGCGAAGAAAUGGCUUCUGAUGAGGUGCGUGAAAUGCGCGAAAAAUUCAACAAAGCUGCCAUACUGGAGCAUCAAAUGAGCGUCCAGCAAGGAACACCUUCUGAUAUGUUCAAAUGUGGAAAAUGUGGUAAGAAGAACUGCACCUACACCCAACUUCAAACGCGUUCAUCUGAUGAGCCAAUGACUACAUUUGUAUUUUGUCUCGAAUGUGGAAACCGUUGGAAAUUCUGUUAA